AUGAUUUCGCUACGCAAGCGAAGCUUGUCGCGGGUUUUCCUUAUUGCUGCAUGCGCUUUUGUGGUCCGCUGGCUUACAGUCUCGUCGCCAAAGUCAGCAGCAGAUGCUCAAGCACACGAAAUCAAGGAACAUAAUUUUAUCGAAAGGGCGCGCAAAGACAAGUCUCUUAAUGUGCAGCGCCAUCGUUUCUUGCAGGCACGGAUGGGGAGGGAUGAAGGAGAUGAGCUUAUGGGGGACAUUAUUCGCAAUGGGGCGACCGACUACUGGGAACGGUUUCAACUCCCCUACAUAUUGAACAAAGACACUUCGUCCAUGGACACACAACAUGUAGUUGGUGCAAUUGACCAACUUCUGUCUCUCAAUGGCUGGGUGGCAGCUCUGUGUCCUACUCUUACCCGCCCUUUUGGUCAACAUAAGCACGAUAACGCCUAUGAUGACCUGGUCCGCGAAGACCAUCUCUACUAUGUUGCUAUCGUUAUCCAUUCCGCCGACCACUUUUUAGUCGAUCAGCUCGCAGUCAUCGUUCAAAUGGCCAAGCGUCUCGGCACCAACAACCUGUUUGUCUCAAUGCUCGACUACGACUCCUCAGACUCGACGGAGACCCUUACUGAUCUCUGUGAGGCCGUUCUCACUCUUCUCGGUGUACCCUUUCGCAUCCGUCGUGUUGCCGGAAUGACAGAAGACCCCGCCGCAGCAUACUAUCCUUUGGAGGAAGCUCAUAUGCGCAAUCUUGCCCUUGAGCCGUUGCACGAGUUGUACAAGAAACGCGGGAUCCGCUUUCAACGCGUCAUUUGGCUAAAGGGCUUCACCUGCCCAAACGACAUUCUUGAGACUAUCAAAAUCAGCUUUGCCAAUGAAGCGUCCAUGGUUUGUGGCAUGGAUUGGGCGGAGCAUAAUGGGUUUUUCAUAUUCUCGGACAGGUGGAGGACGAGAGACAUCGACGGCGAUCAAUUUCGGCAAUCAAAGUCGUCUUCCAAAGCAGAAGCUGUUCCCCCACGAGACAGACUAGGCGCUUCUCGUUAUGCGCAACACCUACCUUUUCAAGUCUUCUGCUGUGAGGCCGGAACACAUGUAGUUGACCCCGAACAGUCUUACUACAAAGGAAUCGCGUAUCGUGCUGGAAGCGACUUUCACAAUCUCAGCCGUGCUGAAGCUGUGCCAACGCGCGAUCCAGAUGCUCCUUGUCUCGACAGCAGCCAGGCCUGGUUCUGUAGAGAUCUUUGGGUUCGAAGUGCGCGUGAUGCUAUGGACGAAGUUGACCAGGUUAACGACCACAAUAAGCAUAAUCCUCUUGCCCGGCGUGCGGCAGCCCCACCCCCCGAUGUGCAGGUUGCCCCACGUGAUGGCAUCCUCCCUGGGCAAGCUGCAGGGGAUGGCCUACGACGACAGCCUAAUGCAGCAGCCGCUGUCGACGCUGACGCCAAUGCGGGUUCUGAUUAUGACGCUAUGCCAGAAGAAGAGGAUGGUUUAUCAGAAGAAUCGCUUCCUGAACCCAUUCAUCUCUCGAUACCAAAUUCCAACUUUCGCCCCGCGCGCAUCCUCGUCAACCCACGAUGCCCAACCACAUACGCAGGCGUGAGCCAUACACAGCUUGCCCUGGAUUUGUUUGGCACUGGCGAAGGCGACUCGCUCCAAGCAGGCGUGGGGAAAUACAUCCUGGAAGAUUGGGAUGGUGCUCCAGAGAGUUUUGUGUGCCAAGAACAGCGGCAAACAGGCGGACGCAAGGCAACCAAAACACAGCGGAGGCUAGGGUUCUCCAUCCACGACGAGCUGCAACGCUAA